AUGAAUAGCUCGGAAGAGCUUGCACACAAUUGCUCAAGAGGAGACUACAUAAAGGUGUACUGGGAAGUGCAAGGUCCUGGGCCACCUGGAGCCAUCAAUGAAAGGUCGGGCUGGGCAAAGCAACUCUGCGGCGGUCGUGCUGAUAUCCCGCCCGCCCUGUACUCGCCUGGGCAGUCUUUGGUGCUGGAGUUUCACACAGGAGCUAGGCAGACUAAUGCAACCGGCUUCUUGGGAACAUUCAGUUUUAUAGAUAAACUUAUAAAUGCUAUUAUCGUGAAACCAUGGCGCCAAGUGUAUUUUGGAGUGCUGAAACCUGAUGAUGUUGUGGAAUAA